CAACUGCACUUCAAUCCCCAACACAAUAAAAUUAUGGCAAAAAUAUCCUGGACACUCGUCCUGAUCUGCCUCAGUUCCUUAGUACAUUCAGGGAAUUUUCAAACUCCUGAUUUGAUUCCUAUUGGGGGAGUAAAUGGGAAAUUGUACUUUAUGGCGAUGAAUGAACUGACAUGGGGACAAGCCAAGACAUAUUGUACCUCGGGUGGGAUGAAGCUGCCAGAAAUUCUUACUCCCACAGAACAAGCGUACUUGAAGGCGAACGUUGUGAAUGUUGGAAACGUAGAUUGGACACAUUUUUGGAUUGGUGCUACUGACGCAGUUCGAAGCACGGAUAACUUAUUUUGGACUUCAACGAAUGCAACUGUCAGCGAUAGCGACCAUGCUGCAAAAUGGCAGUUUAGUGGUCCCAACACUUGUGUUGCGUUUCGUAAAGCACACAUCGCCCACCCGGCGGAAGACGGGGCUUGGGUGACAUUAAGCUGCGCUGAGAGGAACCGAUUUCUAUGCGAGUAUUUGGCCUGCCCACCAAAAUAAUUUGCGAAAUUAAUAUUUUUUAUUACUUUAAAUGUGAAAUUAGAUUUACAAGUUUACAAAUUUUGAAUAAAUUGUCAUGGCAGGAGGAAGCCAGUAAAGACGUUUUUAGUAUUU